AUGACCAAUACAUACGAUAACAACGAUGACGACUAUUAUGAUCCAUUGAGUAAAAGACCCAAGAAUAUUGUUAAAGAAUUGCUUGAUCGUAAUAUUAUUUCAUCAAUUCAUGAUCCAAAUUUGAGUAAAUUUUUGAUAAACUCGAAACAGUUUGAUUCAAAACAGUAUUUAUCAAUAAUCCAUGAAAACUCAUCAAUCGAUGAUUUAAAUGUUUCAUUAAGUUUCUUAGAAAGAAAUAUUGAAAAUCAAACUAGUGAAUUAAAAGCAGUCAUUAAUGAUAAUUUUAUAAAUUUUAUUAAUAGCAAACAAGCGAUUGAUAAUGUUUUGGUUAAUUUUAAAAAUUCAAAAAGUCAUACUCAACAAGAGAGAGAUAAAAGUAAAGUUUUCAAUCCCUCGAGACAUAAAACAAAUGUUAAAAAUGAUUCCUUAUCAAGUGAAUUAGAAGAAUCUUUAAGUAAUUUACAAAUCGCCUCCGACUUGAUGAUGAGACCUAUAGAAGAACAUUCAUUGAAGGAAUUGAAAAUUCUGAAGUUGAUUGAUUUCAUCAAGGAAAACAAGUUUUUCUUUGAUUUACCAAAUAAUUUAUUAAAAUAUAUUUCAUCUAAUAAUCAUAAUCAAUUUAUCGAUGAUUACCAUCGAUUCUUAAAAGAAAAGGAUGAAUUGAUGGAGUCUAAGUCAAGAAGGUAUCAAAGAGCCUUGGAUUCUCUAGACCCUAUAAAAGAUGCUAAUCGAUUAAAGGAUUUGGAAAUUGAACACAUUGUAUGUACAAAUGCAUUAUCAAGAAUUUUCAAUGAAGUUGAUAAUAUAAUUAAUGAAUACAGGAAAAAGAUUUACCAAGAACUUAUUACUAUGGAUCAUGAAGUUGGCUUGGGCGAUGAAAACAAUAACGACAAAAAUACUAGUGAGAAAUUCAUAUCAUUCGUUGAUACUGUCUAUCAAUUAGAUAAUGAAGGCUCAACUAAAAAUCCAAUUCAUGAAUUUUUGGUAGUUCAAUUAAACACUUUAUCAAAAGAUUUAGACUAUCAAAAUAAUAAGUUCGAUGCAAAAUUCACAAUGAUGCAAAGAAAAUUGUUGGAUUACAUUGGAUCACUAGUUGAUCAUAGAGAAAAUGGUUCAUUUAUGAGAUAUAUUAAUGAAAAGUAUAUAUCAAUCGAAGAAAUUCUUAAAACUUCUUUCACUACCACGAGUGCACCAAGUAAAGAACAGAGAGAAAAGUUGGUUAUUGAAAGUUUCGAAAGCAGUGAUAAUUUAGAUUUGUCCAUUAUUAAUGAAACUUGGUUAAUAUUAAUCAAUUAUAUGAAUUAUUUAAAUGAUGUUUUUCUUAAAAAUAUUGAUAAGUUUGUCAAUAAUUACUUACAUUAUACUCGGGUUGAAAAUGGGUUUAAUAUCGAUCCCGAUGGUAAAAUAAGAGAUUUAUUUUUGAGUUUAAUGAAAGAUUCAACUUCAAGAUUAGUUAAAAUUUUUAAUAACAAUGAAUUGGUUGAUCAAAUGACUUCAUUACCUGAAAAUUACACACACUUUUUGCCUUAUUACACUAACUCGUUAUCAACCGUUUUUUAUUUGACUAAUAUUUCUAAAAAAAUUGACCUUUGGUUAACCAGAAUAGGUGAAAACAUUGUUAUAAUUGGUAAUACUUCGAAGAAUGUUGAUACCAAUAAAUUUGUUCAUAAAUUAAGAGAUUACUCUAACUUGAUCGAUCAAAAAAUAUUAGAAGCUUGUUGUUCGACUUGGGUUAAUGAUUGUUCACAAUUUUAUGAUCUAGAGAAUUGGGAAAAAAUUAAUGAUAACUAUGAAGUAUAUCAAACCAAAGAUUCGAAAUCAAUAUAUACGAAAACAAUGAGAGUUUUGGAAAGUUAUGAAACAUACAUAUUAACCAAGUUAUCUCAAUUAGUAUUUGAUAAAAAAGUGGAUGCCACUACAACAGAAAAGGUAAGGAUCGUUGCAAGUCACCCGAAUAAAAGAAUUUUGGUUAGUAUUGAAAUUCAAUUUAUGAGAAGUAUGAAUGUUUUAAUUGACUCACUUAUGAAGAAGUAUAACUUAGAGAAAGAGAAGAAUACAAUUAUUUCAAAGAAUACUUCAGAAAGUGUUGAUGUUAAUAAUAACUUGGAACACGAAAUAUUCAAAAUAUUGACCAUGAACAAUUUCGACUUGUUAUCAAAUUUCAUUUAUCCAAGAAUCAUUAAGAAGUAUGAUUUAUUGUUCAAAAAAGAUUUACUGAAUCAAACAUUGAAGUUAUAUUCGGACAUUGAUAAGGCAUCAUUAACGAUUUUCGACGAUGUAUUAAUGAAAGAAAAAGAAUGGAUUCAAACCAAAGUUUUCAAACAUUUUAAUAAGAUAAAUGGUAAAUACGUAAGUUCCAAUAAAUUUAAAUUAAAGAUCGAUGGAUUUAUAUAUGAAAUUUUAAUUCAUUUUAUAAAAUUAAUCCAUAUAGUUAAACCAUUAACUGGAGUUGAAAUAUUUCAAAAUAUGAUUAAUGAAUUGCAAACUUUUUUCCUCAAUAGUUUCUUAAACAAUUUAAGAGAUUUAAAGCAAAAUGAAGGAUUCAAGGAAUACGGGAAUUUAAAAUUAGAUGUUUAUUUCUUUGUUGAAGUUUUUGAUCCUAGUGAAAUAUUCCGUUUGAAUGAUUAUUGUAUGAAUAUGAUUACAAUCUUAAAUAAAGAAAUUGAAGAAAUUGAAGGUAAUCCGAUAUAUUCACAACGAGAUUUUGAAUCUGUUUUGAACGAAGGUUUGAAAAACAGUGAGAAUGAAUUUGAGUUUAAUAAAUAG